GGUCUUGAGCAUUGGUCUUGGCUGAGACGAGCUUGAUUAGAUCAUGUUUGUCAUAUUUUCUUUUUCAAUAACCAACUUUUGAGAAGAAGUCUUUCCUGCUCUGGGAAAUGGUCUGAUUGUUGAUGUAAUGCACAAAUGAAUUAGAUUAGUUGAAGUUAAGACUUGGGUUUGAAAAGGAUUUGAUGGUUUAUGCUCAUGAUAUUAUGGUCUUGAACUCAUGGCAAAGCCUUUCUCUGGAGGAAACAGUAACACCUUCUCCUCCACCUCCACACCUGGCAGGUAAGAACAAGGCUGAGAAAAGCUAAACAAUGUUACAAAAAACUAAACCUUCCCAAACUACAGGGGGCGAUCAUGAGCUGUUUGUAUGAUCAAUUUCCCACCACAAAUAGAAUAAUGUUUUUUCUUCAAACCUUCCAUUCCUCAAGGGGGCGAUAAUGAGCUAUUUCCAGUCCACCAGGGUGCGACAAUGAGCCAAAGAAGAAGCAUCAUAACAACUGAAGCGCCAAGACGGGAAUUAGGAGACCGUUUAGAAAACAAUGUGAAGGAGUUUUUAUUAAUAAUGAUAGAAAACGAACAUAGAAAUACAUUAAUAGAAAUUUCAGACUCCUUAAACAUGGCGCCGUGAUGAAUAUAGGACGUGCUCAUUUUUAUACAUUUAUUUAAAUGAACAUUCGCCCUGACUAGCAGGAAAUAUUCUGUAUGCUAGCAGGUGUGCGGGUUUAAAUGAAAUCCACGUGACAGGUUAAGCGUGAUUGUUUAUUUUUGUUUACCUCACACACGCACACGGUGAGAAACCUCAGGAUGGCACACUGGCCCAAAUUUGAGAAGAAUCUGGAGCAGGAGGUGAAAAACCUCGUCAUGCACCUGAGCGGACUCGAGGAUGAAGAAGAUCAGAACUUCCAGAUGGCCCUCAAGUUCGCCUGGUCCAAUUUCAAGUUCCACCAGUUCCUGGAUGUUAGCAGUCACAAAGUUCAGCGCUCGAUUAAAGGGAUUUAUGAGAAGCUGAUGGUGCACUCUGACGUGUGUAAAGCCGAGAGUUGGAUGAGAUUAACCAGCGAGUUCCUGCAGUCUCCUCUCCCUCACACCGAGGGGUUCAUGACUGAUGUCCAUCACAGUAUUUUGUCCCUGCUGCUCAAUUUAUCUGAUUCUCCGUCCAACACCAGCUACAGCGAGCGACCCAGGCUGAAGGAAGCAGAGAAAGAGAACAAGUUCGACUGGGCCAAGUAUCUCAUGGAAGGAGAAGAUAUGGACACAGGGCCGUUUCCAGCCUCUCCGGAGUGGUCUGAAGACGAGAGUGAGGAGGAAGAGAGUCAGCAGCCCAUCAGCCGAGAGGAUUCUGGGAUACAGGUGGACCGAACGCCUCAAGAAGAUCAGGAGCAGAACGAUAAAAUGGUGCAGGUCACCUGGACAGUGGGGGAACCGGAUGCCCGGGCUUGGCUGGAGCACCACGUGGUGACACCGUACUGGGUUCCUCAUUCGUCUCGCUUUCCACACAGCCUCCAUCUGCACUCCAACCUGCUCAAUGUAUGGGAUCAGCAUCUGUACAACACAGACCCGCUCUAUCUACCCGAGGAGAAGGCUUUCGUCACAGAAACCCAAGUGAUCAGAGAGACUCUGUGGCUUUUAUCGGGGGUGAAGAAGCUUUUCAUAUUUCAGCACCACGAUGGGAAAGUCAGCGCGAGGAACGACGUAGUAGUCACACACUUAACCAGCAACUGUUUGCAUUCAAUCCUGGAGCAUGUGGCGGCGUACGGCGAGGCCGUGUUCCGUCUCCAGAGGUUUAUCGAUGAAGUAACUGGUCACAGCACGGAGCCGUGUCCUCCCGGUCUCAGCUCUUCCUCCACUUCAUCCUCCAAGAAGAGCUCAGAGCCUCCGUUUAGGACCUACCAGGCGUUCGUGUGGGCACUGUAUAAGUACUUCAGCAGCUUUAAGGAGGAGCUUUCUGCUAUCGAGAGAGAGAUUAUCAGCAAGGAUGAGACUGUGACGCUGUCUGCUGUAUUAGAGCGCCUUAGUCCUCACCUGGCACAGAUCACCGUGCUGCACAGGGUCUUCUGCACGGGCGUGGCCGAGGUCCCAUCCGGCACUCCCAACGUGGUACGGGCCUCGCAUCUCCUCAACACCCUGUACAAAGCCAUCAUCGAGUACGACAGUGUCGGGGAAGCUUCAGUACAGGCAGUGGCGCUGCUUUUCUCUCUGUGGGUUGAAACGGUCCGGCCGUACCUGGAGAUAGUGGACGAGUGGAUCGUACACGGACACUUGUUUGACCCGGCUAAAGAAUUUAUAAUCCAGAGAAACAAGGAUGUUGCGGUGGACCACAGGGACUUCUGGUACGCCACCUAUACCCUGUACAGUGUGUCAGAGGCCGUGGACUGCGAGGAGAGAUUAAGCGACACGGCCAGCGGAAGCUCCGGAGGAGAUCAGAGCUCCAGCAGCAGACAGCACACCAUGGUCUCCUUCCUCAGACCCGUACUCAAGCAGAUCAUCAUGGCCGGGAAAUCCAUGCAGCUCCUCAAGAACUUGGACUGUAAAGAAGCCGAGCAGGCUGACGGUUCCUCCAGAGAUGCAGAGAGGAAGAGUCUGUACACGCUCUUCCUGGAGUCCGUGCAGACACGUCUCCGGCGUGGAGAAGACUCACCUACGGAUACGGUAACCGAGCAACAAGCCACCAAGCGGAGCCUUAUUAAGAUGCAGUCCAUCGUGGCACGUCACCUGGAACUGGACGACAUCCACGACCCGCUAUUAGCCAUCAACUUCGCCAGGUUAUAUUUUGAGCAAAAAGACUUCCAUGAGAAGUUCUCGGGCGCCGACGUGAUCGUGGACCGGUCGUCCGAGUCGGUGACGUGUCAGACGUUCGAGCUGACCCUGCGCUCCUGCCUGUAUCCACACAUCGAGAGAAGGUACAUCGAGUGCUGCGGGAAUCUCAUGAAGACCCUCAAAAAGGACUACAGGCUCCUGGGAUACCUCCAGGCCAUGAGGAACUACUUCCUGUUGGAAGCUGGUGACACCAUGUAUGACUUCUACACUGCCAUCUUUGACAAGGUUUUGGAGAAGGAAAGCUGGCAGCAGCUGGCGUUCCUCAACGUACAGCUACAGGAGGCUGUGGGACAGCGCCACCCGGAGGACAGCAGCAGAUUAUCAAUCUUUCUGGAGGCAAUUGAUCCUACAAAGAAAAAACAGCCAAUCAAUAACCUUGAUGGUCUCACACUAAGUUAUAAGGUUCCAUGGCCUGUCGAUAUUGUUAUUAGUUCAGAAUGUCAGAAAAUCUACAAUCAGGUUUUCCUGCUGCUUCUGCAAAUUAAAUGGGCCAAGUACAGUCUGGAUACGCUGCGGUUCAGCGAUUUGACAGUAGCUGCAAAGCGGCAUGAAGCUAGUCCUUCUGAAGAGCACACACCCCAGGAACCGAUACACCAGCAGAUCCACAGGAUGUUUCUCCUGAGGGUCAAACUAAUGCAUUUUGUUAACAGUCUUCACAACUACAUCAUGACCAGGAUCUUACACAGCACAGGCUUGGAGUUUCAGCACCAAGUGCAGGAGGCAAAAGAUUUGGAUCAGCUCAUAAAGAUCCAUUACAGAUAUCUGUCCACUAUCCAUGACCGCUGUCUUCUCAGAGAGAAGGUGAGUUUUGUGAAAGAAGCCAUCAUGAAGGUCCUCAAUCUGGUUCUCAUCUUCUCUGACCGGUGGCAGGCCGGCUUCGGGGCGUGGAAGAUCGAGUCGAUCAACAAAAUGGAGUCCGAUUUUAAGAACUGCCACAUGUUCCUAGUGACCAUUCUGAACAAAGCCGUGUGCAGAGGAUCGUUUCCUCAUCUGGAGUCUCUCGCUCUGUCUCUGAUGGCAGGCUUUGAACAGUGUUAACUACUCACCAACAGGGCGGCGCUGUAGUGCUGCAUGUGUGCUGUGCGUUUGCUUCAUCAGUGUGUGCAAACAUCAGGGUCGAUACUGCAGAGGAGGAAGUGAGCGAUCGCACAACAGAGCUUCUUCAGCUGUGAAGCGUGUCUCAUCCCUGCACAAGUCUUUUCUGUUCAGCUAAAAGCUUUCAGAUGAACGUUUCUUUCGCGCCGUCCAACGUGUAUGAAAUCACACUGUUACGUAUGGAGGUGUCCAGGUGCUGAAUAAUGUGUAUAUAUGUGUGUGUGUGUGUGUACAUUAAAUAUUGUUUAUUUCUUGCAUUAUUGAUGUUUCUGUGCAAUAAAUCCAUGUGAACCUGUGA